AACGGAACAUUUUAUAAAAUGACCGAAAUCAUGUGGAAAUCAUAUCGCAUUUGUUCACGCCUAUUCCAUUUGGUCGGAAUAUUACGAAAGCAAUGAUGUGUAGUGAAGAUCAAAUACUAGUAAAUUUCUUUAAAGUUUCGUGGAUAAGUUUUCGUAGUCUUAAGUGUCAAUAGUUUAUAAUGUUUCAGCUGUGAUUUAUUACCCAACGUCAUGUCUACUAUGAAGAAUUCUAAUUCGUCGUCUUCUAAACUUGCUCUCCUAAGCCACAUCAAGUACGAACAUCUGGUAGCUGGAAUAUCAGGUGGAGUCACGUCUACGCUCAUACUGCACCCGUUGGACUUGAUUAAAAUUAGAUUUGCAGUAAAUGACGGAAGGACCGCAACAGUGCCGCGGUACGAUGGUCUUAGCAGUGCGUUUGUUACAAUAGUGAAGAAGGAGGGUGUGCGGGGGCUGUACAGAGGUGUCACCCCCAACGUCUGGGGUUCCGGGUCGGCUUGGGGAUUCUAUUUCCUGUUCUACAAUGCUAUCAAGACGUGGAUCCAAGGUGGAAACGCUCGGACUCCGUUGGGCCCGGGCCUGCACAUGCUCGCAGCGGCUGAAGCAGGAGUGCUGUCUCUCAUCAUGACCAACCCGAUAUGGGUGGUGAAGACCAGGCUGUGUCUCCAGUACAGCGAGGAGACCCAUUUGUCCGACAACAAGAGAUACAAGGGCAUGAUCGACGGCCUCAGCAAGAUCUACAGAACGGAAGGCAUCCGAGGGUUGUAUAGGGGCUUCGUCCCCGGCAUGUUCGGCGUGUCGCACGGCGCGCUUCAGUUUAUGACAUACGAGGAGAUGAAGAACAGAUACAACCAGUACAGGAACUUACCCAUUGACAUUAAACUGUCAUCAGCCGAGUACCUUACCUUCGCUGCUAUCUCCAAGCUGGUGGCAGCCGGGACCACCUACCCCUACCAGGUGGUCCGGGCCCGGCUGCAGGACCAGCACAGAGUCUACAACGGCGCCUGGCACUGCGUCUCCGAGACAUGGAGAUACGAAGGUUGGCGUGGUUUCUACAAGGGGUUGAAACCGAACCUGACGCGUGUUGUGCCGGCGACGAUGAUCACGUUCCUAACAUAUGAAAACGUGUCGCACUAUAUGUUGCGUCGCGGACAGGAUAUCAAACUCGCUACAUGAGAUUAAAAACUAUAAAGGGGUCUGACUUCAGUCUCGAGUCAGCGGGCAGCAGGGCAGAAGCGGCUCGUCACAAUGUAUAGAUAUCUCCCUCACCAGUGUCGGUGACGGUGGUCG